AAACAGGAAUUCCAACUCGUGAAUAAAAAAAUUAAUAUUAUAAAAAUGGCUGCCGUGCGAGGACAUCAGUACUUCAGCCUGCGCUGGAACAACUACCAGAACACGAUGACGUCGGUGUUCCAGCAACUGCGCGAGGAUCUCUCCUUCGUGGACGUCACCCUGUCCUGCGAGCACGGAUCCCUCAAGGCUCACAAGGUCGUCCUCUCCGCCUGCUCCACGUACUUCCAGAAGCUCCUGCUGGAGAAUCCCUGCAAGCACCCCACCAUCAUCCUGCCCGCCGACAUCAUCUUCACCGACCUCAAGACCAUCAUCGACUUUGUCUACCGCGGCGAGAUCGACGUCACCGAAUCGGAACUACAGGGCCUCUUGCGCACCGCCGAGCAGCUGAAAAUCAAAGGACUUUGCGAGACUGCGGAGAACGCGGAUGACCUGAACGACGCAGCCACAGCGACGAUAACCGUGUCGGAGAACAUCCAGCAGGCGGUUGUUGGCAACAUAGUGAAUGCCACCAUUGUUCCCGGGGCACCCUCGCCAUCCCUCGAACAGCAGCAGCAACAGCAGCAGCAGCAGGCUCAGCUUCAGGAGCAACAUCAGCAGCAGCAGCAGCAACAGCAGGUGCAUGCCCAGCAGCAACUGAGUGGCGGCCUGUUGACGCAACACGGAGUGAGCAGCGGAGGCGCCAUCCCCCUAGCCGGACAGCUACUGAGCUCCACGGCCAGCAGUGGCAGCUCUGCCGGCGGACAGUCAGCAUCGGGCCUGCAGCCCACGCCUCGCAAGUCGCGGCUCAAGCGAUCCAAGUCGCCCGACUUGCAGCUACCCCCCGGCGGAUCUAGUUCCGGAGCGGGAUCGAGCGGCUCGUCGCAACAGCAACCCCAGCCGGCGCACCACCACUCCCAAACGAUUCUCAUCCAGGGCCAGAACCAGGCAUCCAUUGUAAGCCUGCAGCAGACGGCCGACGGCAACUACAUACCAGUGUCCGGGAACGGUGACGAAUCGGACACCGAGAACGAUCACGAGCACGGCGGACAAGGACAAGGACACGGACACGGCGGACACCAGCAGCACGGCGGACACGACCACGAACACUCGCACUCGCAUUCGCAUCCACACUCGCACGACCACGAGCACGAGAACAAGCCGAACAAGAUCUGCAAGACGGAGCAGUCGGUGGCCUCGCCGGCAUCCAAUUCAUCCGGCGCCUCGAACAAUGCUGCGGGCGUGAGCGGCGUCACAUCCUCCGGCCAAGCCAUCGUCACACAAAUUGUAGUAGCGCGCGACGGAAAAGAUACAAAAAAUAUGACUAGUUUAGGCAUGGGCAUGAACGGCGGCCUGUUGGGCGUGUCCAUGGGAUUCCUGGACUUCACACCCGAGCCACCAGCACCAUCCGCCACCCCAGUCACCGUCACGGAACAUGUCGAUCUGUCCUGCAAUCCUAGUACGGACACACGCGAUCUAUCAAACCCCACCGAACCGCUCGACAUAGACAAUCACCUGGCCCAUCAGAUCCACCGGCUCGACCAGUCCCCCAUGCACUCCAUUUCGCAUCACCACGGCGACGAAAGCAACUCCAAUCUGGUGCACAUCAAGAGCGAGGUGAUCGAGGCCAAGCACCUGGCCGCUGCCCAGCAGCAUGCCCUCAACCAGGCCCAGCAGCAACACGCCCAUCACCAGGCCCAGCAGCAGCAGCAACAGCAGCAGCAGCAACAACAACAGCAGCAGCAACACCUGCAUGCCCAGCAGUUGUUGGCCCAGAGCCAGUUGCAGCAACAGCAGCAGCAGCACCACCAGCAACAGCAGCAGGCAGCAGCGGCGGCCGCAGCGGCAGCAGCAGCAGCGGCCGGAGUGCACGGCCAGCAUGGGGGACAUGUGUCGCACGCCGAUAUCGGAGGCGCCACCGUCAUGGAGAUCGACCCGAGCCAGAUCAAGCACGAGCCGGGCAUGAUCAUAACGCCAGAGAUUGUCAACAUGAUGUCCACGGGGCACAUGGACAUGUACAACUCGGACACGAGCGAGGACUCUAUGAUGAUCGCCAACGGCUCGCCGCACGAUCAAAAGGAGCCGCACUACACGAAUUUGGAUCAGCAGCACGGUGGUCUGGGGGGCAGCGUGUGCGGGCCGGGGCCCGGCGGUGCUGGUGGCGGUGGGGGCAUGGGUGGUGGUGCUGGCUCUGGCUCUGGCGAGAAAGGUCAGUUUAAUGGUCCCAAAGCUUGGACACAAGAUGAUAUGAAUUCAGCUUUAGAUGCAUUAAAGAACCAAAACAUGAGCCUGACGAAAGCGUCCGCCAUUUAUGGCAUCCCAUCGACCACUUUGUGGCAACGCGCUCAUCGGCUGGGCAUCGAAACGCCCAAGAAGGAGGGCGGCACCAAGUCCUGGAACGAGGAUGCUCUCCAGAAUGCUUUGGAGGCGCUGCGUUCGGGUCAGAUAUCCGCGAACAAAGCGUCCAAGGCCUUCGGCAUCCCCUCCUCGACGCUCUACAAGAUCGCCCGGCGGGAGGGCAUCCGCCUGGCGGCUCCCUUCAACGCCGCCCCAACCACGUGGACGCCCGAUGAUCUGGAGCGCGCCUUGGAGGCGAUACGGGCGGGCAAUACAUCGGUCCAGAAAGCCAGUGCUGAGUUUGGCAUACCUACAGGAACACUUUACGGACGCUGCAAGCGGGAGGGCAUCGAGCUAUCGCGCUCGAAUCCAACACCCUGGUCCGAGGAUGCCAUGAACGAGGCCCUGAACUCAGUGCGCGUCGGCCAAAUGUCCAUCAACCAGGCGGCCAUUCACUACAACCUGCCCUACAGCUCGCUAUAUGGACGCUUCAAGCGCGGCAAGUACGACGUGGUGGCCAACACGAGUGGCGUGGCGCUGCUCAACACCUCGGGCAACACCACCGGCAGCAUUGAGAUUAUCGAGCACAGCCAGGAGAAUUCGUUGCAUAUGUUGCAGCAACAGUUCCCGUACAGUCCCUCGCCGCAUCCGCCAACGCCGCAGCAUCACAGUACGCCGCAGCACCACAGCACGCCCCAGGGACCACCGACGCCGCAGCACAUGCAGCAGCAGCACGUGGUCCACAUGCAACAGCAGCAGCAGCAGUCUCCCCAUCCGGGACACCAUCCGCAACACAUGCAACAGGACGUGGUUACAUCGAGCAGUCAGGUGGUGCACAGCCAGCAGCAGCAGCUCCAGCAGAUCUAUCAGCACCACGGAACGCCGGAGCGUAGUUGAGAAUCACUGCAUGCUGCAGCACUAAUGGGCAGCACUGCGGGCGGUGGUGGAGCAGGGGGAGGAGGUGGUCCUAGUACCAGUGGCAGCACGCCCUUUGCCAGCAUCUCGGCGCUGGUGAGCGGGCCGUCCAGCAACGUUGCCCCACCACCGGCGGUGUCUGCCCCGACGGCGGCCACCGGCACCAGCAAGCGCAAGAAAGCCGGCAAGCAGAAGCGUUGAGAGCAGGUCCACCACGAGGAGCAGGCCGGGCCCAAGGACAUCAAGUUUAGAUUUAAUUGCAAGCACUGGAAGCGGCAGCUGCGCCGAUUCCAUUUGCUGUUGUCCAAGCAGGAGUAGUAGUCAGUCAGUUAGAGGAGAGUUAUCGACCCCCGAAGGGCAAGAGAAGAUAUAGUUUGCGAUAUAGAGAAGAAACCAACCAAUCACAAAGGUUAAACUAGAGAAAAGGACAUUACUUACACAGUCGAGAUGUGUAUAAAAUGUAAAUAUUUAAACCGAGAGAAAUAUGCUUUAUCUACAUUAUACGAAACUUAGAUGUACUAGGUAUAGGUUUUCAAAGUCCUUUGUUUUAGCCACGUAAGCGAAAAGAUCAGUAAGUAGGAGAGAAGGAUACACACACCCACACACACAACACACACACAUACACAUACCUUAGAUCUGUAGGAGAAAAAUGAAUUUUGCUUUGCCUAGGCUCGAAAGAUUUUGAAUUAAGUUUUGGGCUCGCACUUUUGAGCAGCACCUUGUUAUCGAUGGACAUACAUAUAUAAAUUAUAAAUGUAUAUUUAAAUAGUUGUAAUCCUCUGACUUGCGAUUUUCGCCGAACAUUGAAUUCUAGUUUUCCUCCACCGCCCGCCCGCACGCCCGCCCCUCUUCUAAUCAAGUUUUAGUGUCGUUUAGUGUGAGACUGAGAGUGCGCCUAAAACUGUCCAAUGCCCAAGCCCGAUGACAUGAAUCAAAUGCUUUAUAACCACCACACACUGUUUGAACAUAGAGGAGGAGACAGGAUAGAGGAUAGAGGAGAGGAACAGGAGAAUACCUUAAAAGUAGAAUUAAACCAAAUUAUCAAGGUCGUAGCUAUUAAAACCAUUAGAAAGUAGGCAGAACCGACGGAGAGUUCGAGAAGAAGAGUUAUUUGAAUUUCACUGAAAGCGCCCUGAAGCAACCAACUAUCGUUUGAUUUGAUUUCAACUGAAUUAAGGAAUAAAUGUAGCCAAUGCUAAGUGUAGAUCUGAAGGAAAAGAAACAACACAUGGAAUGAAAUGUAUUUUUGAUAAAACCAGAGCGACAACCAGGAACAGAAGCAGCCCAAGUUAGCCGCAAUCGUUGUUAAUGUUAAGCACUAAAUAUUGUCCUUUCGAAAUCGCAUUCAAAACAAAGAUUUAGAACAUAUGUAAGAAAGCAAGCCCAAUAAAUACACACACGUAUAUAGAUGGAUACAUAAAACCUGUACAAUUUUCUUAUAAAUUAGUAAAUUACAAAAAAAGGGGAAAAUCAAAUUAAAGUAAUUACGAUAUUUGCGAAACACUUUCAAGCGGUUAUAGAUUCCCAAAAAAAAAAAAACAA